CCGAUCUGAGAGGACGUCCAGGCAGGAGCUCUGAACUUCGAUCUGCCCAUUUGGAAAAAAAGUACGCACGUUCACUUGCUGAAAUCACUUCCGUUUGUAGUGGUCUUGGAUAAUCUUAUCCUUUGAUUAGUCUGACAUUUGAUUACUGUGCAUGAAAAAAGACUCUAUUUGAGAACGAAAGCCUCUGUUGAAAUAAAAUCUUCAACUUGAGGAACUGCCAAGAAACGCCGCCCGUAGCAGCUGCCUCCGCCCCCCCCAACCCCGGGCGAUGUAGGGCGCGUGGAAGCCCUCGAGUCGCCGGAAAGGAAGCAGAGGGAAGAAGCCCAGGUGGACAGCGCCGAGGAGGAGGAGGGAGGAAGCCCAGGAGGACAGCGCCGAGGAGGAGGAGGGAGGAAGCUCAGGAGGAGGGCGACGCGGCGGAUAUGAGGAGGAACGCCACCUUCCGCUUCCCGGCGCGGAAGAGGUCAACUUCUGGACGAUGGCCAUUGUGGCGGUUGGCACGGGCUUCAUCUUCACCGUCGCCGUCUCCAUUUACCUCAUCUGCCAGACGCGGCUGGAGCAGCCCCUCCCGGUGCGGCACCAGCGGACGGUGCGCCACAUCAGCCAGGGGCCCGACGCCUUCCCGCUGCCGCACGAUACCCAAGACCUGCGUCCCCCCUGCACUGCCUCCACGCCCCCUCCGCUCUCCCACGCGGCUUCGACAACCCCGAGUAGAUCUCCACGGCGCCCGCAACCCUUUCCUGCCAUUUCAACCACAAGCGAGUUUUGGCGAGCAAGUUCCAUCAAAAUGUCACGCUCUAUAGUGAUCAAAGGCUUCCUAGCAUCGCCACUGACUUGAGAUUUCUGCUUUGGUGCUUCUCAAGACAUUCUUUCCGUUAAAGAUGUAUUGCAGAAAGACCUCAAGAAUAUUAAACAGUCAAACGAAGUGCGUUUAAUACCAAAUCAAAAAGAUGAAGAAAAAAGACAGAAGUGUCCGAUCAGCAUCAGCAUCUAAAUUAUCUUCUCUUGAAGAAUCAGUCUCACCCUCAUAUAAGAUGUGCGAUGUAUUCCUGAAUGUAAACAUUUAACAUUAAAGACUAAGAUUAAAGAAUAUAUUUGUUUGAAAAAAAUAGAUGAUAAUAUUAGGGGUUGAUAAUGCUAUCAAGGGAAUAACAUCACUGAUAUUAAUAACAAUGAUGAUGAUGAUGAUGAU